UUUGCUAAACUGAAACCCUAGGGUUUUUAGUGAUCCGCCAAAUCGAAGGGAGAGCUUCUCACGCUGUGUUCCUCCUCUCUUCAAUCUUUCGCUUCUGUUUCAGAUCUUGAAGAUGUAUACUUCAAGGAAGAAGAUCCACAAAGAUAAGGAUGCCGAACCAACAGAAUUCGAGGAGUCGGUUGCCCAGGCAUUCGUUGAUUUAGAGAAUAUCAACCAGGAUCUGAAAAGUGAACUCAAAGAUCUCUACAUUAAUUCAGCAGUUCAAAUUGAUGUCUCUGGGAGCCGGAAGGCUGUUGUUAUCCAUGUCCCAUACAGAUUGAGGAAGGCUUUUCGCAAGAUUCAUGUUAAGCUUGUGAGGGAACUUGAGAAGAAGUUCAGUGGGAAGGAUGUGAUUCUUAUUGCCACCCGAAGGAUAUUGAGGCCUCCAAAGAAAGGUUCUGCUGUUCAGAGGCCACGUACCCGCACAUUGACUGCUGUGCAUGAGGCAAUGCUAGAGGAUAUUGUCUUACCUGCAGAGAUUGUCGGAAAGCGCAUUAGAUACAGAAUUGAUGGAUCAAAGAUAAUGAAGGUCUUUUUGGACCCCAAGGAACGAAACAACACUGAGUAUAAACUUGAGACCUUUGCUGCAGUUUACCGGAAGCUUGCUGGCAAAGACGUUGUGUUUGAGUACCCAGUCACAGAGGCAUAGAGAACUCCUUUUUAAGUGUUGUGGCACCAUCUGUUCCGUUUUUGUUCCCCAAAAACUGCUUUUGGUGGGGAGUAGUUAAAAUUUUGACAUUUAUGAGUUGCUAAGCAAGCAGUAAAGUGUCAUGAUGAUGAAUUUAUUUCCUUUAUAUGACGUAUUUUGUGUUAUGUGGUAUUGCAUUUAAUGAUGUAGGAUUAUGGGUUUUAAAGGUUAUUUGUUGGUUCAUAGAUUUACUUA